GCAGGCGGAUGGCGGUGGCGCUGCUCCGCUGUCGCCGUUUCUCCGCGCUGUUGCUGCGGCCGGCGGCAGGCCCGUGCCGGCGCGGCCCCGCGGGUGCCGCCAUGCAGCAGGGUGCCGCUCCCGAGGGCGGCGCGGGCUGGCUGGGGGCCCUGCGCUUCGACAACCUGGUGCUGCGCUCGCUACCGGUGGACGCCUCGGAGGCCGCAGGGCCGCGGGCCGUGCCCGGCGCCUGCUUCUCCCGCGUGCGGCCCAGCCCGCUGCAGAACCCGCGGCUGGUGGCCAUGUCGCUGCCGGCGCUGGCGCUGCUGGGGCUGGAGGAGCCCGCGGGUGACCGUGAGGCGGCGGAGGCCGAGGCGGCGUUGUACUUCAGCGGGAACCGGCUGCUGGCGGGCUCGGAGCCCGCGGCGCACUGCUACUGUGGGCACCAGUUCGGCAGCUUCGCGGGGCAGCUGGGAGACGGCGCAGCCAUGUACCUGGGCGAGGUGCUGGGCCCGCGGGGCGAGCGCUGGGAGAUCCAGCUCAAGGGCGCCGGCCUCACACCCUUCUCCCGGCAAGCUGAUGGGCGGAAGGUCCUGCGGUCGAGCAUACGGGAGUUUCUGUGCAGCGAGGCUAUGUUUCACCUCGGAAUACCAACAACGAGGGCUGGAACAUGUGUGACAUCAGACUCGAAAGUUGUCCGUGACAUAUUUUACGAUGGGAAUCCAAAAAAUGAAAGGUGUACAGUUGUUCUGCGGAUAGCUUCUACGUUCAUAAGAUUUGGUUCAUUUGAAAUUUUCAAACCUCCUGACGAAUACACAGGACGCAAAGGCCCCAGUGUUAACCGCAAUGAUAUUCGAAUACAGAUGCUUGAUUACGUGAUCAGCACUUUCUAUCCAGAAAUCCAGGAGGCUUAUUCAGACAACAGUAUUCAGAGAAAUGCUGCUUUUUUCAAAGAGAUAACGAAACGGACAGCGAGGCUGGUAGCUGAAUGGCAGUGUGUUGGGUUUUGCCAUGGCGUGCUGAACACAGAUAACAUGAGCAUAGUUGGACUAACCAUUGACUAUGGCCCUUUUGGAUUUAUGGACAGAUACGACCCUGAGCACAUUUGCAAUGGUUCUGAUAACACAGGGCGCUAUGCUUACAACAAGCAGCCAGAGAUUUGCAAGUGGAACCUGGGGAAGCUUGCUGAAGCUCUAGUUCCAGAGCUGCCCUUGGAAAUAAGUGAACUCAUCCUGGAAGAGGAAUAUGAUGCAGAAUUUGAGAAACAUUAUUUACAGAAGAUGAGGAAGAAGCUAGGCCUGAUCCAGCUGGAACUGGAAGAAGAUAGUAAACUGGUAUCAGAGCUCCUCGAAACCAUGCAUCUCACAGGUGGAGACUUCACAAAUAUUUUCUACUUGCUGAGUUCAUUCUCAGUGGUGGACUCUGAUCCUUCAAAACUGGAAGACUUCUUAAAAGAGGUUACAAGUCAGUGUGCUUCUGUGGAUGAACUGAAAGUUGCUUUCAGACCACAGAUGGAUCCAAGACAACUGUCAAUGAUGCUGAUGCUGGCUCAGUCUAAUCCUCAGCUGUUUGCACUAAUUGGAACAAAAGCCAAUAUAAACAAAGAGCUAGAACGCAUUGAACAGUUCUCCAAACUGCAGCAGUUAACAGAAGAUGAUUUACUCAGCAGAAAUAAAAGACACUGGAAAGAAUGGCUGGAGAAAUACAGAGACCGUUUGCAAAAAGAAAUAGAAAGUGUUAGUGAUGCUGAUGCUUGGCACACUCAUCGUGUGAAGGUUAUGAGUUCCAACAAUCCAAAAUAUAUCCUGAGAAAUUAUAUUGCCCAGAAUGCCAUAGAAGCAGCUGAAAAUGGGGAUUUCUCAGAGGUAAGAAAUGUACUGAAACUAUUGGAGAAUCCAUUCCAAGAAGCAGAAGAUUUCAGGGAGGUAGAGGAUGCAGAAGAGGAGGGAGCAACUGCUGCAGCAGCUGCUUGUGCCCAAGAGACCAGAAGCAGGCUACCCUAUAGCAGUAAACCUCCACUGUGGGCUUCAGAGCUCUGUGUUACAUGAUCUUCAUAACUGCCUUGUUUUGUUUUUUGCUGUAAACUGAAGACUCUGACCUUCCUUCAGCAGUGAAGAAUGCAGCAAGGCAAACAUCAGAGUGCUAUUAAGUUACUGAAACAACCCUGCGUUUGGAUGCAUCUGCAGCAGUCUUCACCUGUGCUUAUUUGAAGCAAUCAUGGAUCAUUGGAACAAACCGAUGACAGUCAACCGUCUCCAUAUAUCAGUAAUUUAAAUGUUUUGAAACUGAAAGUCUUUCCUUUAUUCAUACCACAAGUAUUCAUGCACUGCAAGUAGAAAGCAAUAUUUUUUGUUGAGGCGGGCUGAGUUUCAGACAUCCAAAUGGAGUUGUUAUGUGAAGACAAAAAGAGCAAGUCAGGAAUCUGAUCUAUUUUUGUCUGAUGUCUUAACUAAUAGUACUUCUAACAUUUAUUUACUGCUUCCUCUAUGCAGGGACUAUUAGUUCUCUUUAAUGGAGGAAUAGAUUCAGUGUUGCUUGUUUGAAGCUAUGUUUCAUUUAAUUAAGAAGUUCAUUUCUUGUGAACCUUCAGAUUGAUAUUUAAUCAUUAUCUAUUUUCAGAGAACUUGUGCAGGCUGGGGCUUGGG